AUGGCGUCCGCAACACCCUCGCUGCUAUCUGCACUUCCAGGCCGGACGACCUCCAUGCCCAAGUCUCCGGUACCAGGCAGUGAGCCGCCCAUCCCACGUCGCUGGUACAUCCUCCCGGACAGCAUUCUUGCCGGAGGUGGGGCCGGAUUUGUAUCCUCCAUCCUUAUGUGCCCACUCGAUGUUAUCAAGACGAAAUUGCAGGCACAGACGGUCAGGCAUGGGCAUAUAGACUACCUCGGCGCAAUUGGGACCGUCAAGCAAAUAUUGGAGCGAGAUGGAGUGAGGGGGCUGUAUAGAGGCUUGAGCCCAACAAUGCUGGGAUAUCUCCCGACCUGGGCAAUAUACUUUACCGUGUAUGACGGAUUCAAGCGCACGUUCGGCGUUACCCCUCGCAUGCAUGAAAAGAAGGGCUACGCCAUCUCCAACCUCUGGUUCCUGCAUAUUGCAGCGGCUAUGACAGCCGGUGCCACAGGAACGAUCAUUACAAACCCUUUGUGGGUGAUCAAAACUCGGUUCAUGACCCAGCCUCAUACCGAGCCACCGUAUCGGUCCACCUUACAAGCUGCGUACUUGAUCUACCGAGCAGAAGGCUUUCGUGCGUUCUACAGUGGGCUCGGGCCGAGCCUCCUAGGCGUGUUUCACGUGGCAGUCCAGUUCCCUCUCUACGAGCGAUUAAAAGCAUGGCAAAUUGAGAAGACCUCGGAGCCUCUGUCCGCUUAUCAACUGCUGAUGUGCUCCGCCGUCUCCAAAGCCGUUGCCUCCUUUGCAACGUACCCCCACGAAGUGAUUCGCACGCGCAUGCAAGUACAGAGACGCACACCGCGAAAUGGAAAUGGGAACGGGAACGGGAAUGGGAACGGAAGCGCAAAACCGCCUGCCAACGUGAACGGGAAUGGGGCUGCAUCCUCUCCAGCAGCCUCCAGCACCGUUCCCAGAACGCCCAAUACUGCCCCGCGAAUACAAGUACCUCUCCCCUCGCCCUCCGAACCGCAAUAUACCUCCAUUGCUCAAACGUUCCUUAAAAUCCUCGCAGAUGAGGGCUGGCGAGGUCUAUACAAAGGCCUGUGGGUGAACCUAAUGCGUACAGUGCCGAACAGCAUCGUGACGCUUGUCAGGUGUGUUUGA